AUGACAAACACAGAUCUGGAAAUGUUCAUGGCGAAGCUGAAGAUGUUAGUUUACGAUCCUGCUUCAACUGGAAACAAUCAAUUCAUCGAAGCAAAAAGGCCUGAAAUCGGGUUCCUGUAUGGGGAGCUUAGCUACCUUUAUGCCAUUGGAAUCCGUUUCAAAGACACGACGAUUGGCGAAGAACAACUACAUGGACUUGAAGAUGUGGGAAACCUGACGAGAAGGCUUUUUAAAGCAGUACAGGAGGCAGAAGAUAUCGUCGAUAUGUUCAUAUCUUCUGCUAUGAUCAAGAACGAUUUCAUGGCGGCCCCCGUUUUCCAAAAUCCUCUCAAUUAUUACCACAAAUCGGCAUAUUUAACUUUGCCGAGCGAAAGCUCAUUUACCCAAAGAAAAUUGACAUAUUUGCAGCAGGAAGACCACGUUUUCAUUACAUAUAUAUUCAAUCGCUCUCUUCAGGACCUGAAAGAUGUUAUGGACGGCCUAAAAUCUAUCAGAGAGGAGAUCAUGAGUAAUUAUUAUAAUGACAGGGGGAACUUGUUGCAGAACCUCCUUGUUAACCAGCAAGAGAUGAUGAUGAUGGAUAACAAGAUUGCAGCUACUGGAACAACUGUGAAUCUUAGUGCAACUGAACAUGAAGAAUUCAUUGUCGGCUUUGAUGACGAUGCACUAUUAAUAUUAGAUAGACUCACCGGAGACCGCAAGAAGCUAGACAUAAUCUCGAUUGUGGGUAUGGGCGGACUUGGUAAGACUACUCUGGCUACCAAAAUAUUCAAUGAUUCUCUUGUAGAGUAUUAUUUCGACAUCCGUGGGUGGGUUAACAUGUCUCAAGCGUAUUCAAAGCGGGAUAUGUUAGUAAAACUAUUGGCUUCAAUAGGGAAAUCAGUUCAUGCAGCAACAAGUGAAUCGAAACUAUGUGAAACCUUGUACCAGAGCCUAAAGGGCAGGAAAUAUUUGAUGGUCAUUGAUGAUCUCUGGAGUUGUAAGUCAUGGGACGAUGUGGCAUCAUGCUUUCCUGAUGAUAAAACUGGUAGUAGAGUUCUUGUGGCCACCCGGCUUACUGAAGUUGCUUCACACACAAGCCAGGGCGGUUUCACUCACAACCUACGACUUUUAACCGAAGAACAAAGGAAACAUAUAGCUAAAAAGUGUGGAGGAUUACCGCUUGCCAUAGUUGUCAUAGCAGGACUUCUUGAGAAAGGAGAGAAGAGGAAAGAUUUGUGGGAGAAAAUUGCCGAAAGUGUGGGUUCAUACAUUGUUAAUGACCCUAAAGGAUGCUUGGAUACACUGGCUUUGAGUUAUGACCAUCUACCUUGUCACUUGAAGAAAUGUUUUCUGUAUGUUGGCGGCUUUCCAGAAGGCUACGAAGUCCGUGUACAGACGUUGAUCAGGCUUUGGAUGGCUGAAGGGUUUAUAAAAGAAUCAGGCCAAAGAGGCUUGGAGGAGGAAGGUAAGUCUUACCUGAUGGAUCUAAUUGACAGAAAUUUGUUGAUUGUUGCUGGAAAAAGUUCUAACGGAGGAGUUAAAUCAUGUCGUCUGCAUGAUCUUUUGAGACACCUAUGCUUGAAAAAAGCGGAUGAAAUAAAUUUCUUGAAGAAAGUGAGUACGUCAGCAUUAGGCAGAAAUUCCGACUCUGAUUCUGUUUCCCGCGUAGUGAAGCAACGACGUCUAUUCACCGACAAAGACGUUUUAACGAACAUCUAUUCGCGUUAUUUUCCCACGCACACAAGGUCUGUUUUGUGCUUUGAUGACCGUGGACUGUUCGAACAUAAAACUGCAAGUUGGAUUCCUUCCUUUUUGCUUCUUAGAGUGUUGGACUUGCUAAAUAUUCCGAUGUUUAAAUUUAGCAAGAUAAGAAUGCUAGUUCAUUUAAGGUACUUAGCAGUUUGGGUUUGUGACCAUGACUCCUCAUUCUUAAACGCCAAUUUUUUGCGCCUUGAAACUCUCAUUGUUAAAGGAAACUCCCAAAGCGUCAUAUAUCCAUCAGAGAAUAUAGUGAAUCUAAGUCAAUUGCGUAAUAUAAGGCAUUUGCGUUGUGACGGAAUCACCAUUCCAAGAGAUUUCACUGUUCCUACAUUGUCCAAAUUGCGGACGAUUUCCAGGCUAAUAUUAGAUCACGGAACUUAUCUUUUGCUUAAAUAUUUUCCUGAUAUCAAGAAGCUUGGGUGUUCUGUAUGUUCAACAUCAAGCAAUGAUGGACUACUUAGGCUGGAGGGUGUGGGAUGGAGCCCCAGGGCUUUAUCAAGACACGUAAGCACCACGUAG